GCAACGUCUCAGGACGGCGUGAGCAAGCACACCCAGCCGUGUGUGACACGCGUGGGGACAGAGGCCAGGGCGGCUGCAGGAGGGCAUGCGGGGAGGUCAGGGCGCCCCGGCGUGUGUGCCCCCAUGUGUGCGCCUGUGCGUGUGGGUGUCUGUGCGCCUGUGCGUGUGCCAACAGUGCAGCCACAUCGAAGCGCGUGUACUCCGAGUGUGAUGGCCGCGUGGGCCGGUGCAGGGUGUGUGUGGGGAUGGGGGUGUCUGAUUGGUGCUGUGACCUGCGGCAGCACAGCCGCCUGCAUUGAGCACCCACGGUGGGCUGGACAUUGCACUAGGUGCUGACAGGACCAGCAGGGUGGCCACUGCCCUCAUCCCCAGCCUGCACUCCUGGGCGAAGGCGGACGCUGAACAGGGUGCUGUGGGCCCGGGAGCGUCCAUGCCUGAGGGCAUCCAGGACCAGGCAGAGCUGGGCCUUGAGGGCCCUUGGACCAGCGUCUGUCUGCAGGGAGCCCCUGGUAGCCGCUUGGAUCAGCCCGAGGGAAGAUUCUGGACGAGACCGUGGCCGUCCCCCGGGUGGCCCAUGGACAGCAGCAGGGGCUCCCAGGAGUGGCCAGGCCCUGCCCGCCCAACAUGCUGCAGUGUAGACCUGCACAGGAGUUCAGCUUCGGGCCCCGGGCCCUGAAGGACGCCCUGGUCUCCACUGACACGGCCCUGCAGCAGCUGUAUGUCUCCGCCUUCUCCCCUGCCGAGCGGCUCUUCCUGGCCGAGGCCUACAACCCGCAGAGGACGCUCUUCUGUACCCUGCUCAUCCGCACGGCCUUUGACUGGCUCCUGAGCCGCCCCGAGGCCCCCGAGGACUUCCAGACCUUCCACGCCUCUCUGCAGCACCGGAAGCCCCGCCUGGCUCGGAAGCACAUCUACCUACAGCCGAUAGACCUGAGCGAGGAGCCAGUGGGAAGCUCCCUGCUGCACCAGCUGCGCAGCUGCACGGAGGCCUUCUUCCUGGGCCUGCACGUCAAGUACCUGCCCUCGGUGGCGGCCGCGUCCAUCCGCUGCUCCUCGCGGCCCAGCCGGGACUCUGACAGGCUCCAGCUCCACACAGACAGCAUCCUGUCCUUCUUGAAGAACAACAAGCCGGGGGACGCGCUGUGUGUGCUGGGCCUCACGCUGUCCGACCUGUACCCCCACGAGGCCUGGAGCUUCACCUUCAGCAAGUUCCUUCCAGGGCACGAAGUGGGCAUCUGCAGCUUCGCCCGGUUCUCGGGGGAAUUCCCGAAGUUGGGGCCCAGCGCCCCUGAUCCACCCCUGGUAGAGGCAGCAGCAGACCGCCCCGAGGCCCCCCUGCAGGACAGAGGCUGGGCCCUGUGCUUCAGUGCCCUGGGGAUGGUUCAGUGCUGCAAGGUCACGUGCCACGAGCUCUGCCACCUUCUGGGCCUGGGGAACUGCCGCUGGCUCCGCUGCCUCAUGCAGGGUGCGCUCAGCCUGGAGGAGGCCCUGCGGCGGCCCCUGGACCUCUGUCCCAUCUGCCUGCGGAAGCUGCAGCACGUCCUAGGCUUCAGGCUCAUCGAGAGGUACCAGAGACUCUACACCUGGACUCAGGCGGUGGUGGGGACAUGGCCCAGCCAGGAGGCAGGGGAGCCGACAGUGUGGGAGGACACCCCGCCCGCCAGCGCCGACUCGGGCAUGUGCUGCGAGAGUGACUCGGAGCCUGGCACCAGCGUGUCGGAGCCACUCACCCCUGAUGCCUGGAGUCACGCCUUCUCCUCGGGGCCAGAGGUGGAGCCAGAGGAAGGGCUGAGCUCCCUGGCGGCCUCAGAGGCUCCGCCACCACUUGGGGGCCCUGCGGAGGCCAUCAAGGAACAUGAACGGUGGCUGGCCAUGUGCAUCCAGGCCCUGCAACGGGAAGUGGCGGAGGAGGACCUGGCGCAGGUGGACAGAGCCGUGGACGCCCUCGACCGCUGGGAGAUGUUCACGGGUCAGCUCCCGGCCGCCAGGGAGGACCCACCCAGCAGCAGGGACAGCGUGGGGCUGCGCAAGGCCUUGGGGGACAAGUUCUCCUCCCUGAGGAGGAAGCUGAGCGCCCGCAAACUCUCCAGAGCAGAGUCGGCCCCCUGUCCCUGGGAUGGGGAAGAGAGUUAGCACAGCAGGGCCGCCCUGCAUCUCCUUCCCUAAGGAUGCUGGCCAGCACUGUCCAGUAGCUGAGGCCACUACCGACCUGCUGGGGAUUAAGAGGAAGGGUCUGGAUGGGUGGUGGCUCAGGCCUGUCAUCCCAUCACUUUGAGAGGCCAAGGCGGGGGGAUCGCCUGAGGCCAGGAGUUUGAGACCAGACUGGGCAACAUGGUGAGACUCUGCCUCUACAAAAGAAAAAUUAAAAAAUUAGCUGGAUGCAGUGGUUCAUGCCUGUGGUCCCAGCUAUUCAGGAGGCUGAGGUGGGAAGAUUGCUAGAGCCUAGGAGGUCAAGGCUGCAGUGGGAUGCGAUCAUGCCACUGUACUGCAGUCUGGGCAACACAGCAAGACUGUCUCAGAAAAAAAAAAAAAAAGGUUCUCUGGAGAAGCCACAGACCACCUGUCUUCAGGCGCCUCCUUCAACUCCUAUGUCCCAGCCAGCUGCCCCCAGGGGUCUGCACACCUGGAGGGGCCUCCCUGAUCCUGGGCGCUUCUUGUGGAGUACAACCCGGACUGUGCUGAGGUUGGGACAGAGCCCCCCUCGCCUGCAAAGGCAGAAGGAGGAAGCAGCGUGCGUCCUGUCUCCUUCCAGGCUGUGGGCCUGCCCUUCAGUUAUUUAUAGCUGGAGCUGGAGAGGCCGGCUCAGAUGAGGAGUGACCCCGGGGGCACACCGGCUCCACACUGCCACCCAGCUUCCAAGGCUGAGUCUCCUCCCUAAAGGGGAAGUGAUGGGGUUUUGUCUCUAUCUCAAGCGUCAACCACAUACACACACACACACACAGUCACAUUCAGUGGCACUAAUAGCAUCCUGAUCCUGACGGAUUUCACCGGGGCUCUCCAUGCAAGUCCUGGGGUUUGCCAUCUCUUCUGACAAACGCUGCAGGAGGUGAGGGUGUCUGACGUGCACUGAGGGCAGAGGCCCCCUUAUUCCUGAGGCGGCUGCAGCUCACCAUGGGGAAGAUCAACUGCGGUGAUGUUUUUGGGAGUUUCGUGGCAAAGGCAGCUGCGCUGUCAAUACCAAGUAGGUGGAGGUGGUGAUCAGAUGAUCUGUCUUUCCUUUUCUUUUUUGAUCUAGUUCUAUCAGUUGCUGAGAGAGGGGCGUUAUUGCUAUGGCUGGGCAUUUUAUCUGUCUCCCUUUAGUUUUGCCGAAUUUUGCUUCCUGCAUUUUGAAGCUCCUUUAUGUCCAUGCACAUUUUAUAGUUGUGUCUUCCUGAUGAAUUGACCCUUUUAUUGUCAAACGUACCCCCUCAGCCUGCAGUGGAGGGUCCCAGCGAGAGAGACUUCCGGUUCUGACAGCGGAAUCCCUUCGGAGUGACGAAGGCGGGGUCACAGCUCGCGCGCUCUCAUCUGGACAGAGGCAAGAACAGGGCAGCUUGGACCUUUUGUGGGUGGGUGGGUCAUACGGUUAUGGAAGGCUUCUAAGAAAAAAUACAAAACUAAAAGAAGGGCUAUGCAGGUGAGGUGGGCUGAGGCUUCCUUGUGAAUCUGGCAUUGGUGGAGGCCAACUGUAGGCUCCUGGUCCUGGUCCCAGUCCGUGUUGACUUCAGAGAAGCAAAGAUGCAGCUCAAAAGUAGCGCUAGGAUCUUCGUCCCGUUCUCUUUUGCGUAGCUUCAAAGAGGCAUGAUAGUGACCUGGGAGGGGAGAUGAACAGCCAGGCCUUUCAGAAAGUGACCAACGGAAGGUGCCGGCAGAGAGCCCUGCAGUAACAGAAGGUGAAAGCCGGAGCCUGGUGGCUGUUGCUGCGAACAAACCACCCAAAACUUAGUGGCUUAAAAUCACCACAGUCUAGCUCAUGAAUCUGUAACUUGGGCAGAGCUUGGAGGAGACGGUUUGCCCCUGUGGCUCGACUGGAAGGUUUGUUCACGUGGCUGCCAAGUGGAAACUGGCUGGGAAUCUCAGUCCUUGGUUCCUGCCCACGUGAGACUCCAUGGAGGAGAGGCAUCUUCUUAGGAAGGCAGCUGCCAUAUUGUGAAGAAACCAGACAAACAGGGCAGCCAGAGCCAGACAGCAGGCAGCUGGUCCCAGUCCCAGUCCCAGUCCCAGAAAGUGCGAAGGGACAAGUAUGUGUUGACUUCAGAGAAGCAAAGAUGCAGCUGAGAAGUAGCAUUAGGACCUUCAUCCAUACCCUUCUCUUUUGCAUAGCUUCUAAGGGGCAUGAUAGUGACCUAGGAGGUAACUGUGACAGAAGAAAGAAGGCAGACAAAGAGGGUCACUUUCAGAAAGUGACCUGGGCUUCUUCACAAUAUGGUGGUUGCCCUCCUAAGGUGGACAUUGGGUCAGAUGGAAGCUCUGUGGCCUUUCAUAACUCAGCCUCGUGUCACAGAGCGUCACCUUUCCUGCAUUCUACUGAGGCAGUGACAAGGACCCCACCCCAGGUUCACGGGGAGGGGACGUGGCAGGGAAUGUGAGACAAAAGAAUAUCGCUGCAACCAUUCAUGAACAGUCGGCCCCACUCGGCGUUCACUGUGGGGAUUUGGCUGGUGCACCUGCGAGGUGACCUGACCUGUUUUCCCAUUUCCUUCAUCUUCUGCAAAAGGUUAACCGCUGGAGUGAUGUGAGAUUAAACAGAGGUGAUAAAAAUAGAACAGCCUGGCUCAGGCUGAGGGUGGGAGCGCACUGGGGUUAUGGCCAAAGCCUCGGCGCUCUCUGUAUCCACGUCCUUUGACCCUCAGCUGUGAUGCGUCUCCCAAAAAAGCAUUUUGAAGUGGGAAGGAGCAAACCACUAAAAAAAACCCCUUUUAUCCGCAGCCUUUACCAAGUUGCAGAUGUGAGUGAAAUUUUUUAAGAGAGCUGUUAGGAGGACUGUUUUGAAAUACAACUUUGAGGAAGAGAAAUUGGUUUCCCUCCUCUCCCCUGUGUUAGCCCCAGGUUCUGUCUGUGCUGUGGUGAAGAGUAAUUUGGGACAGUCAGUCACCAGCAAAGAUGCUAAGGCAGAGGAGAGAGAAUGAGGGCUGCCUUCUCGAGGAAGGUCACAGCUCACGAAUCUUUCUAAACUUAAGCGCUGCAAAAGUUGAACUGAGAUUAAAUUUAGAGAUGGUUUCCAAGACACACAGGGCCAUGGUUCUUUCAGUUUUUAAACAUGUGCAAAGUCCACUGAAUUGCUUUCUCGUCUCCUCAUCUGUCAGAAACCCCUGAAUUCACGAGGAUGGGUCUUCUAGCUUGACGAUGACCUCUCUUCUGAAAGCCUCACCCAUUUUGGUGGGCCGAGUCAGCGGGACCUCAUGGAGCUAAAAAUAGUUUGUCAUGACAGACGUUAUCUGUAUUGCUGUGUGUGCGAUGAGUCUGGGGAAGCUAACACGUGCCUUCUGAAGUGGCUAGAAUACACACUCCCACGUCACAGCCAUGCUUUGAUGAAGGGGUGAGAAGCAGUGUCCCCUCUGAGAGGCAAAUCUCUCUUCAGGCAGCCCCGCAGUCCUCUUCCAAAAUCUCAUUCUUUUCCCUCUCUUCCUCCCGAAAAAGCCCAAACUCAUUGUCAGAGGGGAGAAGCAGCAUCCCGACUCCUGUCCAUGGUGUGAACCCUGAAGGCACAGGACAGUGAGUGGAGCUCUGCCCCCACCCCCGUUUCCAGAGCAUGGGUGAGGAGGCAGGGAUGCUGACCUGUUAAUAUUGUCCUGUGGGACAGCUGCUUCAGACCUUUCCCUGAUGAACGAAAUCUCCAAAAGCCUUAACAAAAUGGCUUAGUCAA